AUGGCAGGUCUUGAUCUCAAGAUCGACUGGAAGUCGAAUCGGCGGGCCAUCGCUUACUGUAUGGUGGCUGCCAUCGGUGCUCUCUGCUACGGUUACGAUACGAUCUACUAUACUGGGAUUCAGGGUAUGACAUGGUUUGCCAAGGACUACGGGGAGAGAAAUGCAGAUGGGUCAUACUCUCUUGGGACAUCGUUCCUCUCGGUGUCUGCUAGCAUCAUCUAUGUCGGAGAGUUAGUUGGAGCUAUUGGCGCCGCUCCCAUCAAUGACUUCUUCGGCAGGCGUGCUGUAUUCCUGUCGGCUUCUCUUUGUAUCAUUGUUGGAGCCAUCGUGCAAGUGUGCUCAUUUGGCUCUGACUCAGUCUUCUAUGUCAGUCGUGUGUUGAUUGGUCUAGGUAUUGGACAGUUCACCGCUACUUGCCUGAUGUACAUUGGAGAGGUGGCGCCGUCUGCCAUCAGAGGUCCGGCCCUCAUGUGCUUCCAGUUCAUGCAGUCUAUCUCGCAGUUAGUCGGAGCCUGUGUCAACCAAGGCACCCAGAGCAUUUCCAGUUCUCAAUCUUAUCGCAUUCCCAUGUGCCUGCUGGUUGUUCUUCCCGGUAUCUUGCUUCUGUGCCUUCCUUUCACACCUGAGAGUCCAGUGUGGUACAUGUACAAAGGCAAGCGUGAGAAAGCCAUCAAAGCUCUCCGCCGAAUCAACCACAGCUGCCGCGACUAUGAUCCCUCAGCGGACAUACAAGCUAUCGAAGACCAAGUUCAGAUGGAGCGUGAAAUGGCCAAGGACGCUACCUGGGUCUCACUCAUCAUGGAUCCCAUUGAGCGCCGCAAGCUCUUCUACGCCUGUGGCGUCAUGUUCGUGCAGCAGAUUAAUGGUAUUCAAUUCUGGUACACCUAUGGCGUUGUGUUCGCCCAGUCCAUCGGUGUUUCAGAUCCUUUCACCAUCAACACCAUCAUCUAUGUCCUACAAAUCAUUACCGUCGGCCUAGCAGUCGUUCUCGGAAACAAGAUCAACCGCCGCACGAACCUCCUCGUCUGCUCAGGGGGUAUGUUCAUCUCCCUAAUUGCCGUCGGCGGCCUCGGCACCACCAAAGCAUCCGAUGGAACCUUCAGCCGUGGCAUCGGCAUCGGCAUCGUUGUUCUCGCCUACAUCAACAUCAUCUUCUACAACUUCUCCAUCGGGACCCUCUCGUACACUAUUGCAUCGGAAAUGUCCGUUGGCCGCAACAGAAACAAGAUCACCGCGUGCGCCAUGGGCGUCUUCUUCCUCACGCUCUGGGUUAUGGUCUUCACCAGCCCCUAUAUGUACUACACGGGUCAUUUAGGUCCGAUGAUCGGUUUUGUCUACGGAGCAACAACCACGUCUUUGCUAGCAUAUUCGUGGUUCUGUGUUGGUGAGACUGCAGGUCGCAGCAAUGCGGAAAUCGAGAGACUCUUUCAGGACAAGGUUCCUGCUCGUCAGUGGGCGACAUAUGUUAUUCCCUCUGAUGAUGUGACAGUCACGAAGAAGGGUGCCGAAGAUGAGCAGAUUGAGAUGGCAUGA